AUGGCUUUACGCUUCCGCAAAGUCAUCCCAUAUGCCAUACCUGGAGUGCUGGCACUUCUUGGCUGCUGGUGGAUCUAUUCCCGUAGAAAAAAGUAUGCAAGCUAUUACAGCAAACAAGAAGUAGCCGUUGAAGAGCAGCGGGAAGUGCCAGAAGCAUGUGUUCCGACGAGAGAGGCAGUCUUCGAGGAAGAGGAAUGCCCAGAGAAUGAAACCUCGACCUCCCUGCGGUCAGCAGGGUUGACGACGCCCUCUCUUCUGUGUCAAACUCAUGAGAGGCUAGAUCUCUCACAGGACCUUCCAGACCUGUCAGUAACGACACUUCAGCCCAGCACGCUUGAAGACGACAGUGAAAAACUAGAAACGAUAGUAUCUCAAGAUGAAAGCAGUGGCACUGCUUGUGCAUCUCUCCCUCUGACGUCAGAGUGUCACGUCAGCACUGCAGCGAGCCUUCUACAGGAUUCAUGCUCUAGUGCCAACCAAGAUGAGGGGCCAUCAGCAUCAAUGACACUGACACGAGAGUCUUUGGGAAUCACGGAGGAGAUCAGCAAUGCAGAGCAGCCAGAUGAUUCCUCAUUUAAGCCCCCUGAGGAAAGCCAGAUGCCAGAAAUUGUGCCAUCGGAUACUGGCUGUGUGACAGCCCUUUCCUUGGGAAUGGAGAAGGAAGCCAAUAUCCCACAAGCCUUUCUCAAUAAUGAAGUUGAAGUUGUAUCAAGUCACAAGGAUUCUGCAGCGAGCAUGUCACCGGGUAGUUCGGAGUCUGCCUGUUUGGAGCCGCCCAGGGAAGAAAAGAUGUCUGAGUCAAUUACCAGUACUGUACCUGUGUGUCCGGAGGAGGACACACAGCCAAAAGGAAAUGAAUUGGAAAGAGAGAAGAUUGGAGAAGUGAGUUUGGACAAGGAAGAAGUUGAGAAAAUUGAGCAAGUAGCAAUACAGAUAAUUUCCAAGGUCAUUUUGGCAGCAACUGAGGAAGUGCUGUCUGGUUCUGCAAGCGAUGUGCCCACUCGGAUCUGCCAGGCUGCUGCCAGCCGACUUGAGACACCUCUGGAGAUGGCAAGCGUUGUUUCCUCUGAUCAGAUGCUUGCAGAGGAAGCUACAGUAGCUGAUGAGAACAUUGCUGUGAAGAGUGAUGCUGCAGUAAUGACAUCCCCACAGACAGAGGAACAGGAUCAGAGUGUGACCGAUUCCGGCUGUUUAAUACAUGGCUGUCUAUCCGGCCCUAUUCAGGGAGACAGAAAAGAUGGCCAGGUGAGGAGCCGUGUGUGCAGUGAGGAAGUGCUGUCUGAUUCUACAAGCGACGUGCCUGCUCGGAUCUGCCAGGCUGCUGCCAGCAGAGUUGAGACACCUCUGGAGAUGGCAAGCGUUGUUUCCUCUGAUCGCGUGGUUGUGGAGGAAGCUACGGGAACGGAUGAGAACAUUGCUGUGAGGAGUGAUGCCGAGGUAAUGACAUCCCCGCAGACAGAGGAACAGGAUCAGAGUGUGACAGUUUCCAGCCGUUUAUUGCGGGGCUGUUUAUCCAGCCCUGUUCAGGGAGACAGAAAAGAUGGUCGGGUGAAGAACCGUGUGUGCAGUGAGUCCCAAGGAGCUGAGUGGACUCCUGUGGAAAACUAUGGAGGGUCACUGGAAAAUUCACCUUUGGUUAUGGGGGACUUUGGGUGCGGUGCACGUGCAUCCGAAGGUGGGACAAGUGUGAAGGACCCACUGCAGAACACAAUGCUGUCUGUCGCAUCAGGCCAGCAUUCGGACUCACUGAGGAUAUCUGCAACCCAAGAAGCACCUGCUGAGCAGAGCUCAGUACCAAGUGAGAAACCUCCUACUCUGAAGCUACCUGAAGGCAGCAAAGUGCCGUACAGUAAUGGGAUGCUGAAAGGGGAUGGUCCAGACUUGCAUCAUGAGUGUAGCAGGGCAGCAGGGAUGGAUGGAGAUCACUCAGGAGCUUUGGAUGUCAAAAACAUGGAUUUUGUGGACAGUGGCUGUGCCAUGAGGAAGACAGUGGCUCACCAGAACGCUCAGCUAGAAGCAGAGUCCAGCAAGUCCGACUUCAUUAUCUGGGAAAUAGAGGUCCCAAAGGAUUUAGUUGGCCGCUUGAUCGGCAAACAAGGAAGAUUUAUGAACUUCUUGAAGCAAGCAUCUGGUGCCAAAAUUUAUGUCUCAACACUACCUUAUUUCCGUGACUCCCAAGUCUGUCACAUUGAAGGCUCCCCGCAACAAGUAGAAAAAGUACUGGGCCUGAUUGGCAAGAAGUUCAAAGAGCUAUGUCUCACCAACAUCCACGCUCUACCUCCACCAACACCACUGACACUUCAGUCUCUCCUUAUGACUGCCUGGCUCUUCCUCCCAGAUGGAGUUGCUGUAGAGGUAGUCGUGGCAAACCAAGUCGAUGCUGGACACAUGUUUCUCCAGCAGCAUACACACCCCACUUUCCAUGUCCUGCGUAGCCUUGACCAGCAGAUGUACGCCUGCUACUCUCAACCUGAAAUUCCAACCCUGCCAACUCCAGUAGAAGUUGGUAUCAUCUGCGCGGCUCCAGGCCUGGAUGGGUCAUGGUUACGGGCUCAAGUUAUCAGCUACUUCGAAGAGACUGGUGAAGUGGAGCUCAGAUACGUGGACUAUGGAGGAUACGACAAAGUGAAGAUAGACAAACUCAGGCAAAUCAGGUCUGAUUUCUUAUCACUACCUUUCCAAGGAGCAGAAGUUCUACUAGACAACGUGGUACCACUUCCAGACGAGGAUCACUUUUCAUCCGAAGCUGACGCCGCUGUUGUUGAGAUGACCAAAGGCGCAGUCCUAGUGGCGCAGGUCACAAAUUAUGACAAUGCAACAGGUCUGCCACUGAUACAGCUGUGGAACUUGAUGGGAGACGAGGUGGUGUCAGUGAACAGAACUCUGGUGGAAAGAGGAUUUGCUCGGUGGCUUGACUACUAGCGAUGUCCUAGAUGCCUUGACAACUAUUUC